AUGCAACUAAAUUUACUUGACUACCUUUCUGAUCAGUUAUUUUAUUUCCUUUAUUCUUUUCUCUCUCUCUCUCUCACUGUCUUUCUCACUUCUUCCUACCCAUUCGCGUCUCGCCAAUCUCUGCCCGUUCGCGUCUCUCCAUUCUCUGCCAUUUCGCGUCUCUCCAUUCUCUGCAAUUUCGCGUCUCUCCAAUCCCUUCUUGUUCGCAUCUUUCCUUCUAUUGAAUUAUCGAUAUUCUUUCAAUGUCAUCCUGAGAUUUUAUUCUUUAUCUAUCUUAUGUUUUCUCCCUACCCAUCGAUUCUUUCUGCUUCAUAUUCUUUCUUAAGCCCUGUUUAUUUCUCACAUUUUCUUCGUCUUUUUAAUUCUUCUUGCUUCUCCUUUUCUUUUUUUACCUACCUUCCUCUUUACACAUUUUUCUCCUCCAUAUUAUUUUUCACUUUGGAGUUGCCAGUAUUUUUUUUUCUUCUUAAUAAUAAAAUCUUUGGUUCGUUGUCGUUAGUUCCAGUCUCACUCAUUACCGUUUCUCGCAAAAUGGCCGUCAUUAUUUUCCGCUUGACAUGGACAUUACCAACUGAUAAACAAAUCAUGGCUAGUUUUUUUCAUUUUUUCCUCCAUUACUUUCUCUCUCUUUUUUUUCUUAAACGGAUUUUUCCAUAUUUCACUAUAUCAUGUACUGUUUUGUUUCUCUACUUGCUGUUAUGUUCCUUCUCUCACUCUCUCCGUUUUAUUCUCCAUCUUCUAUGCUUUGAUUUCAUCUACAUAAUAUUUUUUCUUUCUUCUCCCGACCUUCUCGCUUAA